CUGGGGCAUGUGACGUAGAUGUAAAUAUUGACAAAGUGACCCGACCUUCACCUUGAUAUCAUGGCUGUGGAGUUGGAACAGGAGGAACUCCGGCAAAUGGAAACUGAAGCACAAUGGAUACUGAAAGAAGAAGUUCACAGUGUAUUGGAAGAGGUAGAAGGCGUAUUGUUGGAAUGCUGUCGGAGGUUUACAUUAAAGAUUGGAUCAAAUGAAGACAACCUCGUGAAACCAGACAAGUUCAUAUUAUCAAGCCCUACAGGCAGUCCAAACAUGAAAUGUGUCAUCACUCUUAUGGGGGACAGUAUAUGUGAAGCAGACCUUCAAGUAAAAGUUCACAGGCAUCAAACACAGAUUUUUAAAACUGGUAUACAACCUGAUGAGCCAUGGAAAUUGCAGCAAAUCCAAGACGCAGGCAAUCAUCUGGCGGAGGCUCUCCACACUGUCAAAGAGCAUGGCAGAGAACAUCAGUUCAAAUCUGGAGAAGAAGUCACCAUUCUGCUCGACAGUAUAAUGAAAAGCUUAAACACAGGGCGGACAUGUUUAGUUCUUCCAAAAAAGAAAACUCUGGAUGAAUUACUGAAUAACAGAAAUAUGCACUGCUUUAAGCCACCUUUACCAUCUGAGGUUAGUGUUAGUUUCUAUGUUCAUGCUCAGAAGUUGGAGAUGGCAGUUUACCAGCUACAACAUGGACAACCUGGACAGAAAGUGGAGAUUGUCUCACGCUAUCAGGGGGAAUGCCAAGUGCCGUGGCUAAAUGAUGUAAUUGUACUUUUUACUUUAGCAUUACAAAGUUGUCAACAAUUAAAGGACAAGAUCUCCAUAAUUGAGGAAUAUUCCAAAUCUUCCAAAGGCCAUUAGCAUUGUACUGUUGUCUUGGAAACUGCUGAAUCAUUCUGUAUGGACAACUGAUAGAAUACUGCAGAUCAGUACAUGAUCAAUGUGAAAAUCCUUGUAGUUUUUUAAAAUCAUGCAGAGAUAUUUCUAUGGUUUUAGUAUGAAGGUAUUAAUAAAAAGGCAAAACUGUCAUGGAAAGUAAGGCUGCAUUAUAAGAUAUGAUGAUGUAGCAGCUCAUGAGGUUUGUUUACAAGAAAGCAGUAUCUCUAGUUCAUACUGUUUGAGAAAAGAAAACAACGAUGCCAAAUAUGGAGAUGAAAUGUUUGAUCUCACUGCAUACAUUUUGCAAACAUGGGUAGUUUUUUUGGUAAAUUAAUUGAUUUUUUAUUGAUUUUUAACAAUAUAGAAGUCUUUAAAUAUGAAACAAUGCAGAGAAAAGAUUAUUUGUAGUUGAAACAGCCUACAUUUCCUCGGUUGCUUUUUAGGUGAUGUCCAUUUAAAAUAAUUAAGGUCCCAGUGAAGGGAAACUGAAAAUUAUAUUCCAUAUUUUAUUCACAAGAUGUGGAAUGUAAUUCUGUGAUACAAUCUGAUUUUUUCCAGCUGUUCAUUAUGAUAAAAUUGAACCACAUGCAAUCCAUUGCUGAAGGUAGUGCUGUCAGCUUGGUAGGGUUGCACAGAAUGUGUCAGUUAUUGAUUGAAGCAGUUAUCCACUUAGUGAUGUACUGGAAAUUACAGUUUGUCUUUGCUGAUUAGUUUGAUGUUACCCUGAGCCUCCACUCUGUUGCGUGCAAGCUGUUCCGUUUUUAAAUCUCCAUAUCUAGAAGGCUCUACAUCAAGAAAGAAACAUGUAGACAUUUGAUUGAACAUUCAGGGAAUUAGGUGCAAGACGACUGCAAAUGUUGCCCUACUACUUUGCUUGUUUGUCCUAGAAGAUGUGUAAGUGCGUGUAUGUAUCCAAAGUUGAGACAAAGAGCAAAUGCUGUAACACAAAUCUAGUUAUGCUCAUCCUUAUCUUUUUUGAGUCAGUUUUUUACUCCUGUAGGUAGGCAAAAUGGCCUUUGGGAACAUAUGUCACUUAACAUACUAGGCAGGUUGACGGAGAAGUGGAAGGGACCAAUCCCCCCUCCUUCUUGUGCUCACGCCUGUAACAAAAACUUACCAUUUGGAAGGUAUUAAGUUAAAUUUUACUGAAAGUCGUCCACUAUGACAAACCAUAGCUUGAUAGCAUAGGUGAUACAAAAAGGUGAUUUAAUAAAACUCAUUUUGCCUACCGGAGUAAAGCUGAACAGGUGUAUAUCAAAAUUACUGAAAUCCAUGUAUUGGUUUUUUAUUCUCUUUGGAGUACUUUCUGGCAUGCUAUUGCAGCGUACAUUUGCCAAACAUCACCGAUUAACUGAUGAAUAAAGUUAUAUGCAAUGA